UAAAAUUGUUCACAUUUCACUCAUUAAUGCAUGUUAUCUUAGCUAUUUCACAUUUUCUAUCAAUCAAAUUAUAAUGUUUUCAUUUAAAAUUUUAUUAAUUUCCAUUAAUAAUAUGCUGAGGAGAGUUGUAUUAACAUUUCUCAAGAUCCUUAUACUUUUUUUUUAUUUUUUUUUUAAGAUCCUUAUACUUUAAGGAAGAGAUAAGUUCAGUAUGCAGAUUUUCACCUUCAUGAGAUCAGUUCUAUAAACAAAGAUGAGAUCUCCUAAUACCAUGUUAUUUAAUAUGCAGAAUUUAAACACAAGAAAAUCACACACGAAUAAAAAGAAGAUAAUGGUAAGUGGUGAAAAGUUCUACUUUAUUAUUUACAAAAAAAAAACAGUUCUACUUUACUGAAAAGAUUAAAUUUUAUAUAUUAAGUAAUUUAAUUUGCUGGCCAGAAGAUAAGGUAAGUAAAUAUAAUGGGUAAAAUUUUGUUGACCAGAAAAUACUAAACCCAAAUUGAGCGAUUAGAAAAUAGCCGAAAUUAAAUAGAUAAAAACAAGUGAAUUUUACGAAUAAUAAAUACAUUAAUGACAGGAAAAUCCUCAAUGAAUAUUAUUACAAAUCAGUUGCCAUAUUUUAAUAAGCAAUAGUCAUUACAUUGCCUUUUACAUUAAGAAAUUGCCGGAAGCCUAAUAACAACAACAUAGACCAACCAAGUCAGAGCAGAGACUUUCUCUUUCAACUUCUUUAUUUGUCUUCUCCACUUGCGCGCGAGCCAAGCAGAGUAAACAAUUUGAAACUGAUUAAGGUUCGUAUUUCUCAAAAAAAAAAAACCGAUUAAGGUUCGUCUCCACCUUCUUUCUCGAUUUAGGGUGUUGUCGGAGAAUGGAUGCCAUAUCUAAUUAAUGUAUCAUGAUCGCCCCUUGUAGCUUCAAAUAUUAGGGUUUCGAAAUUAGAUUUUGGGGACGAUGUUUUAAUGUUGCAUCAAUUUUGGGAUUGUUUUGUUUUAUUGAUAGACUGCCAGUAACACGCACAUAGUUUAGUUAUAUAUAAUAAAACUUCGUUUCUUCUAUCCAUGGGACCAACUUUGGAUCUUAUCGAUUAUGGAUUGUGUUUGAUUGCAUUGAUUUGGCUAUGAUAUCAUAUUUUAAAUGAAAUUCCAACCCAAAACUAAUUGUUAGUAAUCAAUUGAUUGAUUUAUAUCAUUUAUAUAUUAUUUAAAAUCCAUUUUAACCUUCCUUUGGUUUGCGGUUCAUUUUUUCUUUUGUUUUAGCAUCUUUCAUAUGUAGAUAUAUAUAUAUAGGGGUAUUUAUAAAAUCGGUUUUUAGUUUGUUUUUCAGUUUUUGAUAAGAAAACUUAAUCCAUCAGAAAAAAAUCCAAUCAAGUUUGGUUCCAGUUUAGCUCUUGGAUUUCGAAGUAUCAUCUAACCUGGGUUGUUCAGCUUGUAAUUUUGAUAAUUUCAUAUAUUCUGAUAAAUAUAUUCAAAUAAUUCAAGUUUUUGGUAAUUUUUUUUUAUUGAUUAUUUCAAAACUAAAUUUAACUAAUCUUCUUAGAUAUAUAAAUUAUAUUUUGGAUAUUCAAAUAUGAAUUUUCAGUUCUAUCAUUUUUUCGUAUACAAGAUAAUUUGAACCAUAUAAAUAUUUGUGAACAUUGGUUCAGUUUUUGGUAAAACACCAAUGCCUAGUUACAUGAAUAAGCUUGUAGCUUUGUGAAACCGAGUGUGAUUUUGCUUGAUUCCUUUCAGCUGGGUUCUGUAUCCUUGUUGAUCUUUUUUCACAGUCCAGUCUAACUUGUGAAACAAGCUAAACCAUUAUAAGAUGAUUAUACAAGAUACCAUCUCUUUUUUUUCUAUUAAUGUUUCUUCUGAGAGUUCAAGCACAUCCUGACAUGUCAAUGUUCCUUUGAUUGAAAAAAUGUGCAGAAUCAAUUGUUUAUAGUUCAGUCUCGAUGCCUGAAUUUAACAAAGGUGUGAUGCGUCCAAAUCUUAACACCGUGCCUAAUCAGCAGUUGAGCAUACAGCCAGAUGCUAACAUUAACAAAGAGUGUCUUGGAUCCAAAAGAUCUAAUUAUCAUCUCGGAGUACCAGAUGAUGAUGAGGAUGAGGAUGUGGUGUUCCUUAGAGAAACAUUACCGUCAGAGAGUGGUCAUCAUUGUCCAUCAAAGCGACAGAGAGUCGAAGCACAUCCUCCUCCUGAUCAGGAUGAUGAGACACUAGGAUCUGGAAUGGAUGUUGUUGAGCCGAUGGAAACUGAUAAACACACCAAACGCGAGGGCGAGGCUAAUAAUGCUGACACAACAAUGCCUCUGGAAAAGCCUAAGAAGAGAGAUGUCUCACUGGUGGAACGUUUCACAGAAGAAGAAAUAGAAAUGCAUUUAAAGAGUCUCCACGAGGGACGUGUUGAGCUCAAGGAUAUUGAAACAUGUCAACUGUGUGGCGAAAGCCAACUCUUGUUUCCAGCACCACCACUCUACUGCUCGCUUUGCAACUGCCGCAUCCAAGAUGAAUCUCUAUAUUACAUCCCAGAGGAAACAAUAAGCGGUGCGCAACAUCAAAUCUGUAGUCCAUGUUACGAUCAUUGUAGACGCCAAAAGUUCACGUUAUCUGGAGUUGAUAUCGUAAAAGCCAAUAUGCUUAAAUUAAAUAACGCUAACAAUCAAGAAACAGAAGCUGUAAGCUUCAUCUCUCUCUCUCUCUCUAUAUAUAUAUAUAUAUAUAUAUUUCUUCAGUACAUUUACAUAGCUACUUUGUUUUGUUUGAGCAGUGGGUUGCUUGCGAAUCUUGCGGGAAAUGGCAGCAUCAGAUAUGUGGUCUUUACAAUCCAGAAAAAGACACUGACAAAACCUCGGACUACAUUUGUCCCUACUGCUUGUUAGAGGAGAGUAGGAGUAACAACAACGUGGGAGUUCAUGACAAUACGGAUUUGGAGGCGAAAGAUUUGCCUGAAACCAUCCUAAGCCACUUUAUAGAGAGAAGGCUAACGAGGCGGCUCAAAGAAGAAAGACGCCAAACCGCAGAGGCUACUGGGAUGAGCAUCGAUGAUGUAAGAAUCAUGUUGUUUCUUGAGGUUUGGUCUGAAACUGUAUAUAUACUGAACUUGUUACUUUUCCUUUCCAGGUAUCAGUACCAGAUGAUCUUACUCUCAGGGUCGUGUUCUCAGCUGACAAAAGCACACAUAUCAACAAAACAUUUGCGGAUUUUCUUCACAACGAACACUAUCCUAGUGAAUUCCCUUACAGAUCGAAGGUGCAUCUUAAUUCAUUUUUCUUUAAUAAGUUAUAGUAUCAAACCAAGUGAUGGUGGUGUACUGUCGAGCAAAUUUUGGGUUGCUAAGCAACAUGGGUUCGAAAGCAUUCAUUACACUAUCAUAUAGUCACGCGAAUAUAUGUCUAUUGUUUAGAGUCCAUUUGAAUGCCAGAGAGAGUGUAUAUAUGUGAACUACACCUCUUUUUAAAAGUUAAUCUAGACUCUUCUAUAGGUUUGAGAUACUCCAUGUUAAUAAAAAAAGUUAGUAGUAUUAGGGACAAAAACAACUUAUGUUGGAAGGGAUCUUAAAUUGUCCACUUAUACCAAUUGAUUUUAGUUUUGAAUCUCAUCAAACUUAAUUUUAAUUUUAAUUUGUUUCGAAUUGUUUCAGGUGAUUCUUCUGUUUCAGAAAAUUGAAGGAGUUGAUGUGUGCAUAUUUGCGUUGUUAGUCCAAGAGUUUGGAUCGGAAUGUAGCCAACCAAACAAACGCAGCGUAUACAUCUCUUAUCUCGACUCCGUCAAGUACUUUAGACCCGAGAGAGUAACGUUUUCAGGAGAAGCUCUUCGAACUUUCGUUUAUCAUGAAAUAUUGGUAACAAUCUAUUCCCUUAUUUUUUUCUUUGUUUUAGACCUAAACUGUUAUUGACAUGCGUCUCAUUUAUUUAUUUUCCUUUUUUUAUAUAGAUUGGAUAUCUCGAGUAUUGUAAGUUUCGAGGUUUCACAACGGGUUAUAUAUGGGCGUGUCCACCUCAGAAAGGAGAAGACUUCGUUAUGUACUCUCAUCCUAAGACUCAGCAAACCCCCAGCACUAAGAAGCUUCGUGAAUGGUCAGUCUCUUUUCUUCCUUUUUAUGUUUGGUGAGGAAGUAUUGGAUUUAAACUUAAAAUUAAAAAAAAAAACAUUAUUUUAGGUAUGUGUCAAUGCUGGAUAAAGCCAAGGAGCAGAGCGUGGUGACGAAUGUUACAAACUUGUAUGAUCGGUUCUUCGUUCCGACAUGCAAUAUUACAGCUGCACGGUUGCCUUACUUUGAAGGAUCUUUCUGGUCCUCUAGUGCUGAGCUUCUGAUGAGUCAAGAAACCGAGAGUGAAGUCGAGAAUGUUAAAUCACUUUCUAGAAGAGCACUAAAGGGCAACAAAAUUAAGGACUCCAAUGAUGCUAAAAACAUUCUCCUGAUGCGAAAGGUUGUUAUUCAUAUGCACUUAGAGUUUGAAUAUGGAUACAUUUCAGGGUGUUUAUUUGUUAACUAUUAUGUUUUAUGUAUAGCUUGGAAUACGGAUAUCAAACCAAAAGGAGGAUCUCAUCGUGGUGGACUUGCAUUAUACAUGCACACGCUGCUCGGAGACCAUAUUGUCUGGUUUGAGAUGGUUUUGCAAGAAGUGCAAGGAUCUUCAAUUGUGUCAAAGGUACUCUAUCUCUAUAAGUCAUUUUCAGUGAUAGUAUCUAAUCAUGUCUUCACCAUUAGUUGAAUAUAAAUAAUUCAAAAGUAAGAGUAUAUCAUGUGUUUUUGAAAAAAUCAUUUUUACAUGUAACAUUCACAUAUUAAUUCAAUUGUUUAAAAAUAUAUAUGUAAAUAUAUAACUAAAUACCAUUAUUAUUAUUUUGAGAGAUUCACAUGAUUUCUCACCUCAGUAUCUGUGUUUUUGCAUUUUAUUUUUCACCUAAACCCUUUCUUUUAUGCAAACAGAUGUCAUGAUCUAGAAGAAGAGCUUCCUGGGGAACACACACAUACUAUGAAUGGGGAAGAGAAGCACUCGCUUUCACAGGCCAUUAUGAACAUACAGUCUACAACAGAAGAUAAUGAUGUCAUCCUAGGAAACAACACGUUCGAAAGCAGACAAAUGUUCUUAAGCUUCUCUCAGAAGCAUAACUACAGAUUCGACACUCUUCGACGCGCCAAGAACUCUUCUAUGAUGAUACUUCACCAUCUUCACACUUCAAACAAGCUUCACCAGUCUCAGAUAUCCAGUGGUGCUCUCCUUCAAGUAGUGACCUGCACGGCCUGCCAAAAGGAUGUUUCGACAACGAUUUACUACACUUCUUUGUGCUGUCCAUCUUACCGAGCUUGCACUUCAUGCUAUAGCAAUAGUAAAUACCUUCGUCUGCGUCAUCUCUUCCCCGUAGUCCCUUGUAUUCACGGAAUACCGCCUAGAACUGUAGUGGUGAGUAGCAAGCAGGUUUUAAUAUAUUACUUUCUUUUUCUUUGGUUUAUAUUUUUGACCUUUUUUUAACUACUCAACUUGCAGACUAUGGAGAUACUGCAAGCUUUGUUACAUGCACAUGCAUGCAGACCUACGGCCGCUGGUUCGUGCUCGUACCCUAAAUGCAGUGUUGCCAAAAUAUUAUUCAAUCAUACUGAAGUGUGCGAAAAGCAGCGAGCUUGUAGAACUUGCACCCAUUUUGCGAUGGUAAUACGUAUUCACGCAUACCAUUGCCAAGAUCCCAAUUGCUCCAUACCACGUUGCAGGUAACUUUUACGUUGGUUUAAUUUUUCUUAUUAAUUAUACUCUUCCCGUGCAAGUUGGGAUUUUUAUAUUGAUGCAAACUCUCUUUUGUGUACUUCUCAGUUGUGCGAAAGAGCAGUUCGCUAUGAGAGGUUUGAGGUAAGGCCCAUGGGACGAAUCUGUACAUCCCUUACUGUUGUGAUGAUUGUAGAAGAAAUCGUACAGAUCAGAAAAACCAUUUUUAACAUCGAAACUAUUCAAUCUUGUCCAGUUCUGUCAAGAAUGCUCAUGGUGUUGUUGUCUUUUUAGUUAAGAAAAAAUACUGUUUCAAAACUUUUGCUUGUUGAUCUGUUUUUUUUUUUCAUUUUUGUGUAUGAUAUAUUAUACUAUAUGUCUAUAUAUUUUGGAUAUUGUUUUAUUUUAUAAAUGCUCAAAUUGCUUACAUUAGCGUCAGGGCCGGCUUACAUAGGAGGCAAGCGGUGCGACCGCUCUGAGUCCAAUCCGUUGCCCCCUAUUUCUUAAUAGAUAAGGGUCUGAUUUCUUUAAAAACAUAUGCAUUUUUAUAUCAAGAAUAAAAAACGGGUUCAAUUUUUUUAUAUGAAAGUAUUUUUUUUUAUAAAUUUAUUUUUAAAAAUACUUCUAGUAUUCUAAAAAAAUAUAUCAAUCAAAUUUUUUUUUUUUAAAGUAGUUUGGAAAUUAAAAAAGAAUUUGUCAUAUGGUCCUUGAUACCAUUGAGCCGACUCUGAUUAGUAACGUCACUGAUAGCAUGUAAAAGAAGUUAUGAAAAUAGAACAUGUGGUUCUGAACGUUUUGAAAUACUUAAUAUAAAAGUAAUAAGUCUUGUUUUACAUUCUUUUGAGAAACUAUUGUAUUGCUUUAAUUUUAACAUUCGUAUGUUCAUGAAAAUGACACUUGCUUGGGAUUAAGAGACCCUAAAAGACCCUAAAUGGGUCUCUUAAACCACAUUUAUUAUUAAAAACAAAUUAAGAGACCCUAAAUGGAUUUUUAGGUUAAUGGUGCUCUUACUUGGAAAAGGUGAUAUUUCUGUUCAUUUUCGUGUUUACACAAGAGGAUUCUUCAACCCCCAAGUGACGACGAGAUAGAUUGAAAAAUUGGGAGAGGAAAAAGGGGUUGUGUAGUAGAUAGGCGAUGUCAGUAUGUUAGACCACCUCCAACGGAGGCUUUAACAAAGGUUUCUUAAAAAAAACAAACAAAAAUAAAUAAAAAAUACAUAAAAGAAGAGAACCGCACGUGUUUAUUGCAGGUCUCUUAGGUUAUGGUUCUUAUCGUAAUAUAAGAUAUUGUAUCUUAGGUUUUGACUAAAAAAACUAAGAGACGUCUCUUAGAUCUCUUAUUUAAGAGACGUCUCUUAGCUUUUUAUAGUUAAAAGCUAAGAGAUCGUAUCUUAUAUUACGCUAAGAACCUCAACCUAAAAACCUGCAAUAAACAUGAUCUAUAUGGCACUUUAAGAAACGGUAAGCACCCCAUACGUGUUUAUUGUGUAUUGGGUGAUUCCUUUUAGGUCAAAAGGGGAAAACAUCGUGGUCUCUCUUCGUCGAUGUCUCCGAAGUGCUUUUGCUUCUACAAAUUGAAUCCUCCUUUGGAGAGAGAGAAGAGAAGAUGCAAUCGUCUCAAAGUUAAAAGAAGAAGAUGAGUUCUGAUUUGUAUGCGUCCGGUGUGUUUGAGGUCAAUUCAAUCAUGUCAAAUCGGUGUCGGACGACGUUGUGUCUGAGGUCAAGUCAAUCAGUGUCGAAUCUCUGUUUUUCGCCACCACCGGCGAUGGACUAGGUCUCUACAUAGUCAUCAUCAUCACCCCCUUCCUAGGUAAACAAAGAUCAUCAAGUUUCAGACUUUGGAUUUUAAUCACGUCUCUAUGUGUUGUUUUGUCGGUUUAGUGUUUGUAUCCGCUGUACUAUUACCACCAGAAACAUCCGGUGAACUACUUACUCUUGGGGCUGUUCACUUUGGCUCUGGCAUUUGUCGUUGGAUUGACAUGUGCCUUCACCAAUGGGAAAGUGAUUCUACAGUCAGCGAUCUUGGAUAAGUAUCUAUACAAUAAUCCGGAGACGACGUUGGAUUGGAAGCAGAUGUCUAAGAUCGUCAAAGGAGUUGUGGGGGUACUUUUCUGUCAAGUCUGGUGGAGGCAUCCACGAGUUCUCAGAUUCUCAGUUUGGACAUGUUUUUUUGCAUUUGGGGAAACCAGAGCCAUGGCAAUAGCAAAUCUUGGGUGUGAUGGGUACGAUCUUGAAGAGGUUGAAAUGGUUUUUAAGCUUGGUUUGUUGUGUUCGCACUCGGAUCCUAGGGCCAGACCGAGUAUGAGGCUGGUGUUACAGUAUCUGAGAGGAGACAUGUCAUUGCCAGAACUAACUCCGUUGGAUUUGUCGGCGGGGAAUGGGAUGAACUUGGGAGGGAGAGAGGAGUUUAGCGGUAUAGCCAUGUCGUAUUCUUCCUCAGUGUUUAAUGGGUUUACCGGUGUGUCUUCCAUCACUGAUUCUCUACUUCUGGUGGGAGGUGAUUGACGAUGGUACAACAUUAGCAGCGUAUGAUGAUGCUCUUUGCUUUAUUUAUUUAUAUGCUUAUGAAUAGGGAUCAUGUAUAUACAGUUUUGCCUUGUAUGGAGAUGUAAGAUUUUCUUACAAAUUUUUUAUUAAAUUUAAGAUUAUGAUUGUGAUAAAAAAAGAGUCAGCGAUCUUGACAACGGUUGUGGUGCUUUCCCUCACCGUGUACACCUUCUGGGCUGCUAAGAGAGGAUAUGACUUCAACUUCCUCGGACCAUUAUUGUUCGGUGCUCUCAUCGUGCUCAUUAUCUUUGCCAUGAUACAAGUAACGCCACUUACUCCGAACUCUAUGCCAUAGGAAUUACAGAGAGUGAGAGAGUUUUAGGCUUAGCUAGUGAAAUGUAGUAGCGUUUUGGUUGUAUUUUCAGCUACAAGUAAGAAACUUGCACCUCGCGCAUUAUCCUAUUGAAUGUGGUACCAUUCUUUCUAGGCUAAGAAGUUAGAAACCAUACAUCAACAAUAUGAUGAGCAUUCGAAAUCGAAUUCGUGAUAAAAUCAUACAUCAACAAUUGAAAGUUGAUUUGGUUGAGAAUAUAUGGCAAAAAUUUGGGACAAAUAAAGAUUUCAAUUAAUCGGUUUUUUCUCGUUUAUGUUUUUCUUUCAUGUUUGUUUAAAAUUUUUAAUUAUAAAUUUGUAUUUCUAUUUUUAAUAUGUUUUUAUGUCAUAGUUGUUUAAAUUUUAUGAAAUCCAAUAAUUUAUAAGUUUUUUAAAAUUUAAAUUUAAUAAUUCACCUUCUAAAAAAAAAAAAAUUAAGAACCUCAAAUGAGUUCUCCCAUUAAACCUUCACAAAACUAAUUAUAUUAACAAGAGUUCUUAAUUUCAUAAAGUACACACUUAAUAAUUAAACUAAUGGUUAGAAUCCAUCAAGGGCUCUAACUAUUAAACAUGCUCUUAUGGUGGUCAUUCACCGAAGCUCUUUCCAAUUAAAGAAAAAACAAAAAAAAUUAAAAAGUAGAAACAAUGAAGAAAAUACACAUAAAGGCUCAUAGAUCACCUUUAACCCCGACUUUUAAAGGGUUUUAAAGGGUGUGGGCCUCACAAAAAAUUAAAAUCCACAUCUUCUUCCUCUUCUGCCGGAAACGAGUUUGGUGGAAUUUUUGUACUGUUCGCAGGUUCCACUGACACGUGAAAACCCCAAUUGAUCCGUUUUUAAUUUUUUUUAAAAAAUUGGAAAAAAACAAAAAAACCUAAGAAUCCACGCCUCCUCUAGCGUUAAUCAUGCUCUUGGGACACGUGCAGCGGCUCGUCUCUCGUCACGUCUCUCACGUUAAAAUAAUAGUUAGAAAUAAGAAACAGUGAAAAUUAGAGGAAAGAGGCGAAAGAUCGCUUGGUCUUGGAGAGAUGUGCGUUUCUUAUAAGAAACCAUAUAAGAAACCAAAGAACACAGCUGUUAACUUUUAAGUGGAUGAUACCUUUAACAAGCUAAACUAUGUUUUAAGAGAAUUGGGAGAGUUUCUUACCGAUGCUGAUUGCCUAUGCUUAGUUGUUAUGCUGUGAUUGGUUUUUAUUUAUUUAUUUAAUUAAAAAAUUAAAUUUUAAUUAGUUGAGAAACUCUUGGGAAGAGCUUAAGCAUAAGCAUGAUUAUUGGAGGGUUUUUAAGAUGAGAUUUUUAUCGGAAUAUAAGAAUCCGUCUCUUAACUUUUUACUAAAAAAGCUAAGAACCAGUUCUUAAAUAAAAGUUUUAAAAGCCGGUUCUUAACAUUUUUAGUUAAAAGUUAAGAGACGGAUUCUUAUAUUCCGCUAAAAACCCCACUCUAAAAACCCCCAAUACCCCAAUAAUCAUGCUCUACUGAUGCAAAUCUUCCUACUCGUUUUUGUCUUUGAUUGAUAUUCACUUCAUUACCGGUGACUGCAAAUCUUCCAUCUACCUAAUCUAGAAGGUGUCAUUUCAUCUUCGAGGCUUUAUUUGACAGGAAAUAGAAAGAAGAUAGGUUUCGCUCUGUGGUUACAAGGAGAGACAACUCUCAUAAAAUCAAAAUAAUCAUAUCAUAAAACAGACCCAGAAGAAUUGAGAAUUAUAUGUUCCUUUAUUAGUCCAGUUGGUAAAACCAUCACAAAAGUCUCUUUGAGAUAAGGGGUUCGAGCAGCUUAGGCCACUUUAAAAAAUUUAUCCCUUCAAAAAAAAAAAGAAUUGAGAAUUAUCUUCUUAGCUAGAUAGUAACUAAGUGGUAAAAAGCU